AGCGUUCCGGCGUAAGAUGGCGUCCUCUUAUCGAACCGUUCAAGGGCCGUCUGUGCGUGGACCUCGCAUAUGCAUGUUCGCAGCAGCCAAAGCACCGCGCUCGGGCGCUUAUGCAAUACCCAGCAACCCGUCACUACACUCACCCUAGAACAAGCAAAUGCGACCACAUCUUGCCGUCAAUCCAGGAACCCCGCAUUUACGAUUCAGUAUGGAAAUCAGCUUCUCUCGCAUGCUCUAGGAGUAUCACACGCAACCUCUACUGUUCACUUCUUUCACUGUUGCGUACGCAUAUCGGGUGCACGCCUACUUUGAUUAUGGCAUUCCAAUCACCGAUGAAAAAAAAA